AUGCUUCGCAUCAUUCGUCCCGCUGUCUCACGGCGCUAUCUAUCAACAGUCAUGGCAUCCAAUACUCCAUAUGAAGAUAUCAUACGCACUCGACUGACAGAAGAGUUGAAACCUACCCGUCUUGAAAUAUUCAAUGAUUCGUCCAAACACUCACAUCACCAAGCUAUGGCUGGUUCAACGUCUCAUGAGACCCAUUUUCGAGUCGAGAUUGUAUCGGAGGCGUUUACCAAAAAGAUGCAACCUGCGAGACAUAGAAUGGUGUACGCUUUAUUGAAAGAGGAGAUGGCGAAAGAAGGUGGCAUUCAUGCUCUACAGUUGAAGACAAGGACACCCGAGGAAGAGGAACGGCAAAAGGCAAAGGAGGAAGGAGAGGACAAAGGAGCGGUUGUUGCUGAGGCAAGUGGACCUUAG